UCAAACAGAGAGUGUGGAAGGCGAGAAGCACACGUUCCCUCUCUCCUUUUCUUUAAGUUUAGUAACUGUGUGCGGCUAUAUAAAUUACAUAGUAAUAUUAAAGUACAGAAAAAUCUUCAACAGCGUUUGAAAGCACAUAGAUAAAUAGUAAAUAGUUAAGCGUGGUUUGCAAUUAUAGUUAAUAUUCGCAAACUACAUGACAGCUAGAAAAUAACUACAUAUAAAGUUCAUUAUAACUACAUAAACUAUGAGUACAGCUGUGGACCCUCAAGUGAUCAAGAAAACUCAAGAAGAACUCGGAAAAUUUGUUAAAAAACCUCCUCUUACAGAAAAGUUGUUGAACAAGCCUCCUUUUAGAUUCCUGCACGACAUCAUAAAUGUUAUUGUGACAGAGACCGGGUUCCUCGCUGGCUUGUACACAGAUGAGGAACUUAGUUCUGAAAACAUUAAAGACAAAGAUGCCAAAAUAGCCUUCCUGCAAAAAUGCAUUGAUGCAACAAGUUUUGCAACAGGAGAAAAUAUUACAGUACGACCUAGCAAGAUUGUUGCCGGCCAUGAGGCGGAUAAAACCAAUGCUUGGUUACAGGCUCUUGGGAAGGCGAUAUCACAAAAUGUUGACUCAUCCCAGGCAGUGGAACAGGUCCUUAGCGGAGCCAAGGCGGAAAAACCCAAAAAAUCGGAUAAGAAGUCCGACAAGAAGUCCGAUAAAGAGAAAUCUGACAAGAAACCAGAUAAGGCUAAGAAAGAGGUAGCGCCAAACAAUCGCAGUCUCAAAGACAAAGACCCUAAACCAACCAGAAAUCCCAAACCAACCACCAAAGACCCCAAAAGCACCAAAGACCCCAAAACACCCGCUGCUCGCGCCCCCAAAGCAGGCAAAGCCCCUGAACCUGGCAAAGGCCGGAGAAAUGCCCCUAAUGGCCAAGCAGCAAAGCCCUCGCAAGACAGUGGCUCUCCAUCUAAGAGCUCCAGAAGCAAAGAUGACAAGGAGAAGUCCAGUAGAAAGAGUAAGGAUGAUAAAGAUGAGGCAAAGAAGACUAGCAAGAGCAGUAAAGAGAAGAGUAGCAAGGAGGAGAAGGACGAUAAAAGUAAGAGGAAAUCCAAAAGUGGGGAUGACUCAUCGGAGAAACCAAAGUCCUCGAAGUCAAGAGCCUCAAGCAGAAUGGGCAACGUAAAGGAACUGGAAAAGGAGAAUUCUCCGCCACUCGAGAAAGCAGUGGAUGAAGAGAUCAUUCCCAAUGGACAUGUGGAGGAAGAAGAGGCGAAUCCUCCACCAAGGCUAAAAUCGGCACGACCACCUAGUGCGCGCCCAAGUCUACGCAGUGCAGCAGAUGAUAGUGGCAACAUGUCAGCAGGACCAGAGUCUCUCCUGCAGGUCGAUGGUAAUAUUCAGCCAGCAGAUAGCAAGGGGGAGGAAGAGCCACCUAUUAUACCUAUGGGGGAGAACAAUAACAUUGACCCUGCAAUUCUCAAGGCUAUGGGAGAUCCAAAUAAUGACCCCAUGGCAAACAUGGGUGAGGGACAGCUGACAGCUGAGGCACCAGACUCAGGCGUGGGUUCCUUAGAAUCACCAAAACAUGGGCCAAAGGAGGCUGAACCCCCAGACAGGUUGCCCUCCGCCAGGCCAGGACCUCAGCCCAUGAAAGCAAUCGAGAUGUUUGGUGGAAAUGAGGCUGGAGUCGAGGUCCCACCCCUCGUUCCACAAGUUCCUGUUACCCAAGAAGACCCACCACAAACUGGGGAUGUAAGUAGAAGACCACGAACUGGUCGGCGUUCUGCUCGGCCCCCAAGUGCACGUCCAGCACCGCCAAGGGUGAGAGAACGUCGAGAGAUCCCUAAAGAGGAGCUCCAGCGGCCUCCCACUAGCAAACCAGUAGCCAACGUCAUUCUAGCCUCUGAUGAUACUAAAAAUGACGAUGAAGAUGACAACUUUACCGUGGAAGAGUCAAAACCAAUGUUUGAGGAGGACCCGAUACCUCUAGACCCCAUGGGAGCUAGUGGGUCAGCAGUGGCAGCAGCAGCAGCAGCGGUAGGAGAAGAUGGAGAUGGAGCGGGUCUUUUAGUGGCGCAAAUUCUGGAGUCAAAGAAGGAGCUUGAAGAUGGCAGACGUAAUGCUUAUUCCCCCGAGACACCCGGUCAUCGACGAGUACAAAUUGAAAAGUCGCAGUUGACUGAUGCUAACCGAAGGAAAGAAAGGGAGAUUAUCCAAAAGGAUGUGCAGAAACUGGUAGGCUCCAUCCAGUCAAUCACUAGAUCUGUUAAUCCUUUGGCAAAAAUGUUAGACUACCUGCAAGAAGACUUAGAUUCAAUGCAGAAGGAGUUAGAAACUUGGAGAAAUGAGAAUAAGGUGCUUGCUCAAACCCUCAAACGAGAACAGAGUUUAACCGAUCAAGCACUUGAGCCCCUGAAAAGUCAGCUGGCAGAACUAGAAACAGCAGUGCAGGAUCAGAGGGACAAACUUUCUGCCGUCAAGUCCAAUAUCCUGCGCAACAAUGACAAGAUCUCACGCAUGAUGACAGGCAUUAACCAGAAUGUUUGAUCUUCGCAUUUACAGAAAGGUGUACUUUGGACUGUGUGCUGAAGAGAAUUUGUCU